AUGACAGUGAGCGAUGAGCUGAACAUCAAUAUGGCUGAGAGUGUGGAUACAUUACGACCAGCUCAACAAACGCAGUACUGUGGGCCAUAUAAACUCGAAAAAACCCUCGGCAAGGGGCAGACUGGUAUUUCUGAUUUUAUUGCUGAUGUGCUUCAUUUUUUUGUUGGGCAUUCGUUCUCCCUACCGUACGCGUGGUAA